AUGGAAAAGGAUUCUCAAGAACUAAUCAAGCAUGUGGAGAGAGACCAUUUCCAUGAGUUUACUUCAGAGUGUGCAAAAGAGCAUCUCUACAACUUUGAGCAACUUUGCAACUACUAUGGUCUUGGUGACAAUCCCAAGAAGAUCCAACUGUUCCAACUAUCUCUAGCUGGACGAGCUCAAGAAUGGGUAAAGUUCAAUGCCCAACACGCCUUCAGAACUUGGAAUAGGUACAAGGAAGCCUUUCUUUACAGAUUUUCAAGAGGUUCACUCUAUGUUCCACCAACCAAUCCUAGCUAUUCACAACACCAUCCAUCAUCACCACACAUAGAUCAAGCACCUUUAUUUGCUGAGGAAGCUUCCCAAACCCCACGCUCCACCAAGAUUGAAGUUAUGCUUCAACAAUACUUGAAGGAUCAAGCUGAGAGUACAAAGAAGAUGGAAAAGAGAAUCGAUUUGAUCCAUGAGAGUCUUGGAGACAAGUCUGAAGUCCUAUUCAAGCAAGUGAUCAAGCUUGAUGAAGACAUUAAGAAGCUUAGAGAAGACCAUGAUCGAUCUCUUAACCUAAUAAGCCUUGAUGUUUCUGCAAAAUAUCAAGAGCUACUCAGCAAGAGCAUGAGGAUCGAAGACACCUACUUUGACAAUAGCAAGCAUCUUGGAUCGAUCUACAACUGCCUACAAGCCCUCGAAGGAUCAUCCUAUCCCAAGUACAAGAGAGAGAGAAUUCCAACACCCAACCUCCCUCUCUUUCCUUGCAAUGCUGCAAGAGCUAUCCAUAGAAGAGGCAACACUCGCCAAGUCAUUGAAGACAAUGAAGAAGAAAGAGAAUAUGAGGAACAACUUGACGAUGAAGAUGAAGUGCAGUGCCUCGACAUCAAUGCUUCUCCAAUACAGAGAAAGGACACACCUAACUCAGUUGAUCCUCGUUUCUUACCACCACCACGAAGCCAAGCUUCAGAGCUUCCAAGAUUGGAAGUAAUACAAAGGCCACCACCUGCACCUAGUGAAGAAGAAGAUACUUGGUGCUAUGAUCCCAACAAGAUAAGCCCCAUGAAGCUUAAGGAGUUCAAUCCUAAGGUUAAAUCACUACCAUUCUAUGUUACGUUUGAAGAAGCUUGGGACAACCACAACUUGGAUGAUUUCUUUUUUGCAACUGGCGAAUCCAAAGAAGAGAUACACAAACUCUUUAGGCAAGCUCGAUUUCCCCUUGCACCUCAUUCAUUCAAUCAACCACCAUCUCCACCAUCUACUCCAUGCCAUGAAUGACUGGUCCAGACGGCUUUAUCGAGCAUUUGCAUCCUAGGCCGCGCACACCGGCCGAUCGUGGAACGAACAACCACGAUCGUCCGGCGCACGUAUCCGCAUCCCGCCAAGUCCACGGCCGAGCUCACGUCCCGACCCGGAAAGCAACGUCCCGGUCGCCGCCCGGUCGAACCGUCCUUAGCUCGCCACCACAAGCCGUGCACGACCGCGCCGCGCGAACCGGGAAGCAAAGCUCGCGGCGCGCGGCACAACCCAUGUACCGCGGCCGACCCAUCCGCGAACAGGAAGGCAUCGUCCCGUGACCGGCCAAGUUUCAUCGGCCAAAACUUAUCCAUCCGUCCGACCCCGUCGGCCGAACACGAAAACUAUCGGCCACGAUCGUUCCGACCGUACCGAUGCCGACUACGAUCGAUGACCGGCCGACCGUCCGACCGUCCGAUCGACCCGAAGCCCGUUUUGAAGCCCGUUUCACACGUUUUCACAGCCCGGCUUACCUAA